CGGUUUUACGCGCAGCACCACAGAGGUAAAGAUAACACUUGUUUUGUGGUUAAGAUCGUCUCUCUCGGCCCCACCCGGGCAUCCCUGCCUCAUCCGCCUCCUCCUCUUCCUCUUCUCUUCCUCCUUCCCUACCUCCCUCCUCCUCCACCGCCUUUCCAGCUGACCGCAGCUUCCCGUGGCGCCUCGACCGGAAUCACAAUAUACGGACACCGGCCACAUGCGCCCUCACAUCGGGUCUCUGCCCCCUGGAUGCCGGCAGCAGUGGGUGUAUUACUGCUCUCUGCAUGGUGUCGAGUGCCACCACUGAUGAGAAGAAACCUCGGUGUGUUUGUUUCAUCGCUGUGUGCAGUCUGCUCCAGCUGUUUGGAACAGGAGGCUACAGGAGCGCACGGUCGGACCGGGACAAAAACACCAUGAAGUUGGCGAUGCUGCUUCUCCUGCUCGUGUCGGUGUCCUUUCCGCUGCCCGUGAACUCCAUCGCUGCUCCAAAUGAAUUUGUGUCCUUGGCGGAGAUGGAGGAUGCCCUCCUCAAGAACCUUUUCCAAGGCUACCAGCGCUGGGUGAGGCCCAUCCAGCGUGCUAACGACACCGUUAGAGUGCGCUUCGGACUCAAAAUCUCUCAGCUGGUUGAUGUGGAUGAGAAAAACCAGCUAAUGACAACUAAUGUUUGGCUCCGUCAGGAGUGGAUUGAUUACAAGCUACGAUGGAAUCCAGAAAAAUAUGGAGGAAUCACUUCCAUCAGAGUCCCUUCAGAAAACAUCUGGCUGCCAGACAUCGUCCUGUAUGAGAAUGCUGACGGACGGUUUGAAGGCUCCCUGAUGACUAAAGCUAUUGUGAAGUUCAACGGUGCCAUCACCUGGACACCACCUGCCAGUUAUAAAUCUGCUUGCACCAUGGAUGUCACCUUCUUCCCCUUCGACCGACAGAACUGCACCAUGAAGUUUGGCUCCUGGACGUACGAUGGCAACAUGGUAGACCUGGUUCUGAUGGACAACCAGGUUGAUCGGAAAGACUUCUUCGAUAAUGGGGAGUGGGAAAUCCUCAGUGCCACUGGUGCUAGAGGAAACAGGAAGGAUGGCUUAUAUUCUUACCCGUUCAUCACAUACUCCUUCAUCCUGAAGAGGCUGCCACUGUUCUACACUCUCUUCCUCAUCAUCCCGUGUUUGGGUUUGUCCUUCCUGACUGUCUUGGUGUUUUACCUCCCCUCAGACGAAGGAGAGAAACUGUCGCUCUCUACCUCCGUCCUCGUGUCGCUCACUGUGUUCCUCCUGGUUAUAGAGGAAAUCAUUCCCUCCUCCUCCAAGGUGAUCCCGCUCAUCGGAGAGUACCUGCUCUUCAUCAUGAUCUUCGUCACCCUCUCCAUCAUUGUCACCGUCUUUGUCAUCAACGUGCAUCACCGCUCCUCGGCCACCUACCACCCCAUGUCGCCGUGGGUGCGGAACCUCUUCCUGCAGAAGCUUCCCAGGUUGCUCUGCAUGCGAGGACACACUGACCGCUACCACUACCCAGAGCUGGCGCCGGAAAGCCCCGAGCUGAAGUCUCGAUCUGGAGGUCGGAGAGGAGGCCAGAGGACAAACAGCGGAAUGCACGGACAAACGAAUUCUGAAGGGAAGGAGGACGAGGCAUGGGCCACCAUGCUGGAGAAAGCCAUCUAUUCAGUGCGCUACAUCAGCAGACACAUCCGCAAAGAGCACUUCAUCCGCGAGGUGGUACAAGACUGGAAGUUUGUGGCGCAGGUGUUGGACAGGAUCUUCCUGUGGGCUUUCCUCACUGUCUCAGUACUGGGCACCAUCCUCAUCUUCACUCCAGCUCUACAGAAGUUUAUGAAAAUCCCUCCUCCAACUCCAAGCGAGGAGCCACCUUCAAACUAGGGACAAUACUCCAGUAGGAGCCACCUUCAAGAAUUCAUGAAACACGUUAUCACUGAGCAGCAAGAAGCCAUCAAACGUACAUUUUACAGCAGAACCCGUCUUCUUUUGAUUCACUGAGUGAAAUCUUGUGUAUGUCAUUAAGUCAUGAGGCCAGUAUAGGUAUACUUUGCGUGCAUAUCAUUACAUGUCAAAUAGCGUACCAAUCUGCUUGGAGAUACCCAAGACGAUCAUAAAGUUAUUGCCACCUAUGCUACUUUUUAGUCUGUUAAAUGCCAAAUUCAAAAAACAUAUCCCUUUUAGAUUCUACAUAAUAAUGUAGAUUCUAGCUUUAAGUGUCAAAUAUUACACAUGCUUGCCAUUUUAAAAAGGUAUUGAAGCGGAAACCCAACCAAUUCCAUUCCGCUUACUUAACUGUAAUAAAUCCACUGAAAAAUUUUACUUUUCACUUUAUUCUGGACUUUGCUGAUUUCCUUAUUUCUGUUUCUAAAUGACAUCACUACUCAUAUGAUGCAUGCUGGUUUUCUUGAAACGUAUCAGUUUUCAUUUGGCCACAAAACAAGUUUCCAGACCAAAAAACUAUUUAAAAAAAACAACCUUCUAAAAUCUCUGUAGUUUCUUUUAUACAGACACCAUCAGCCCAAUGUUAAAACCUAAUAUUAUGCCUGAGUUUAUGAAAAACCUAUUAAAGCCACUAGAACAGCUCUUAAAUGUCGGUACAUGGACACAGGACCUCUGUGGGUGUCCUACGCCGUUUGGCAGCAGGAUGUUUCAUCAGAUCCUUUGGGUCCUGUGGGCUGAGGGUUGGGACCUUCCUGGAUCGGGUUUGUUCUAGCGCUUCCCAUAGAUGCUUGAUUGCAUUGGGAUCUGGGGAGUUUGGAGGCCGAGCCAACGCCUUGGGCUCUGUGUCGUGCUCCUUGAACUGUUUGUGAGCAGUGUAGCAGGUUGCAUUAUCCUGCUGGGGGAGGCUGCUGCCACUGAUGAACAGUUUGUUCUGGGUCUAGAACAGUAUUUAAAUGGAUGCAGCGGAACACUGCAUUGUAAAAAGAAGAUCAAAGUUAUUCACUCCAGCUGGCUUUAACAUUGUGGCUGCUCAGUGUAAUCAUUCUGGCUUUAACUAUUACUUACUGUACCUGAAGCACAAAAUACUUCUUGCUGUAACUACUUAGUAGUGUACUGCAUCAAAAGCCUCAAGAUACCAACAACAUUUGAACUACCUUACACAUUUAUUACAGAUGCUGCCACCUUGUACAUGUUUGCAAAAAUCAUUAAACACAUUUUAUUCAUUAGUGUAACAAAGCAUUAAGUCACUGUUCAGAGCUCAAAGUUGCAAAGCUUUUUCUGAAUAGUUUGCACUGUGUUUCUGUUGAACACUGUUUCCUGGUCUGCCUCAUCUUAUUCAGACAGAAUUCAAUUUAAGUGCAAUAAAUGAAUUAAGUUACACAUUCAACCCAUAAACAGUAUUGGUAAUGUUCAGAUGUUCUUCAUCACACUAAUAAAGGCUGAUUCUCUA